AUGAUCGUCGAAGUCGGCGCACAUAGCACUCUGGAAGGCCCGAUGCGACAAAUCCUCAAGGCACGGGACACCGAGCUGCCCCACGUUUCAUGUCUCAAGCGACCAGAGGACGGUGUUGAUAUGAUGCAGCAGGUUGCUUGUGCCCUGAUCGCCCGGGGCUACCCGGUCAACAUCAAGGCUGUGAAAUCACCUCCUUGGGUCGCCGGUAAAUGGGGGCAACGCUCUCUCAUACCAACCUGGAGGAACUUCAUCCGCUUGUCCGAGAUCGAGUGGUUGAAAGAUCACCAGAUCGAUCGCUCGGUGGUUUUCCCUGGCGCUGGUUACAUUGCUCUGGCACUCGAGGCUGUACGCCUUCUCACGGAUCCCUCAGAAGCAACUAUGCAAGGUAACAGGCUGCGGGACAUCGACAUCAUGACCGCCAUGGUCAUUCCAGACCCCAGUUCGGGCCUGGAGAUUCAGCUCAGUCUCCAGAGCUGA